AGAUCAUUGUUUCUCUCGAUUACUGCUUGUGUACUGAGAUUCAAACAUGUCAGCACAGACAGACAAGCCAGGUUCCGACUGGCCAUGCUCAUCGAACUCGUCGGACAACGAAAAAGGCAAUGAUACCGACAUCUCACAACCCGACAGCGAGUCACCCACUCCAACAUCACCAGCGGUCGAGUUCGAUAAUCCAAAAGGAUGGAUAGCUGUGGCAGCCGCAGCAUGUUCUCUUUUCGUUUACCUCGGGGUGAUCUACUCAUGGGGCAUUAUGCAGGUCAGACUUGUCGAAGUGACUGGAACAAACCUCACAACCUUGACAUUUGUUGGAUCACUUGCAACAUCAUUCAUGAUAUCACUCAGUAUCCUCUCUGGCAUCGCUGUUCGAAAGCUUGGCUACCAGAAAACUGCUCUAGCUGGUGGCGUCUUGAUGGGUCUGGGUGAAUUCCUCGCAAGUUGGACAACAAAGCAUGUCGGGGCUCUCUUUGUCUUCCACGGUGUAGUAUUUGGCAUCGGAGGGGGACUAUCCAUCUUCGCAUGCUCGACUGCUCCCCUAAGGUGGUUCAAGAGACACCGUGGCCUGGCUAUGGGUAUCGUGUUUGGAGGAGGCAGCCUUGGUGCAGCUGUCAUGAGCAUCGCGACGAAUCUUCUCGUGAAACAAGUCGAUGUCGCAUGGACAUUCCGUAUUCUAGGCUUCAUGCUCUGGGGAGUCUGUAUUCCAGCUUCAUACUUCAUUCAACAGCCCGAGGGAUCCAUGAGUGCCGGCUUGAAACUUCAGUGGCAUCGCUUCCGGGAGCCUCGGUUCCUCCUUAUUAUCGCCGGGACAGCUUUGUCAUGCUUUCCCUUGUUUAUUCCACCAUACUUUAUUCCUAUCUUCACCCGAUCCAUGGGCUACUCUCAACAGAUUGCGAUUAUCAUACUGGCGGCUUGGAACUUGGCUUCCACCGUUGGCCGGGUUCUAGGGGGCUAUACUGCAGACCACUUGCUUGGCCCUUUGAACAGCUUGAUUGUCUGCCUUCUCUUUAUUGGUCUCAGCUCACUCGUUGUGUGGCCACUAGCGUCUUCGGUUGGAAUCUUCUCUAUCUUCCUCGUAUUUAACGGCAUUGGCUGUGGAGCGUUUUUUAGUCUGGUUCCUCCCAUGCUCGGAGCCACAAUGGGGCCAGAGAAUACUCUUGGCAUCUUGCCUAUUGUUUGGACUACUUGGUUUUGUGGAUUCUUCUUCGGUACACCUAUUGCUUCGGGAAUCUACUCGCUUGCAGACAGUAGUAAUCACAGUCUUUCGGUAUUUAGGCCUGCAGCAUAUUAUUCGGGUGCCGGACGAAUAGAAGUGAAGUUUGUUGCAAGGGUUCUAGUCGCUUUUAUCUCAGACAGAGACACUAUGAAACUCGAUAUCGCAAAGCUUACAGCUUUCCUAGUGGCCAAUUCCACAGGCACUGGUGUUCUUGUUUGCCCUGGCGGUGGUUAUAGCCAUGUCUCUAUUAUCAAGGAAGGUUACACUCCAGCUGCAUACCUUAAUAAGCUUGGUAUUGAUGCGUGGGUUCUCGAUUAUACUACGACAUCUAAUGCAACUGCGCCUAUUUAUCCAAAACCCGAGGAUGAGGUCUUCGCUGCUCUCAAGAAAAUACGUCAUGAUAACCCCAAAAUCGAGAAGCUUGGCAUUUGGGGCUUCUCAGCAGGCGGUCACCUUGCAUCCACAACCCUCACCAACCCUAAGGCCGGCCUGGAUUUUGGCAUCCUCGCAUAUCCCGUGAUUACCUUGGAAGGCAACUAUACGCAUAUCGGCUCUCGUGACAAUCUCGUCGGGCCCAACGCGACGGCCGAGGAGCUGCACGAUCUAUCAGCGCAGAACUUGGUCUCUGACACAACACCCCCGACAUUUUUGUUCCAUACCUUCGACGACCAAGCUGUUCCAGUGCAAAACACUCUCAUGUUUGCUGAAGCCAUGGCAGCCCAUAAGAGAAAAGCUCAGGUUUUGAUUUUACCAGAUGGUCCACAUGGUCUCGGAUUGGCUCUUGAUGACCCUCAAUAUCAUCACUGCUCCCGAAGGCUGAAGUUAAGAAAUUGUUUUUCUUGUAUACGUUGCAAAUGA